AUGCUUGAUGAGAACCUCCCUACAUUUUUCGUGAAGCCAUCAUCGGAAAAUCCCAAGUCAUACUCGACUCUGUUCGUUGCUCAACAUGGAAAAGAGCCACAGCCAGCGUACACCGUCCGACACCUGGACCCUGAACUACAGACAUCCCGAAAUCGUUAUGCUGUUGCACUAUACGAUGCUUUCUGUCCCGAUGCACUGUACGGAGAGGUCUUGAUAGUACCCAAGUGGACUUAUCCUACAUUUUCCCAGGAGGCUAUCCGGGCAAAUGGAGGGGUACAACCACCACCAGAGCCUAUCAUACCCACUGAGUUCAUUAUCCAAUUAUAUAACCCCGAGCAACAAGUUCUAGUCCGCCAUAAGCCCAAGACAUGGAAUACACCAGCCACAUGGGCCUUUGAGAUGCCACAGAAGACGUUUCGAGAACCAUCUAAGUCACAACUUGACAAGACUCUUACUACACCCGCAACAUCAGACGCUACCUCUCGAUUAAGAUUCAACUGGCGAAAGGACGGCAGGAUGGGCUCAAAAGACCUUGGAUGUUACUUGUCUGGCAAAGUUGUCGGGCCUAGUGAAAACUCAAAGAAGAACCGUGAGCCGGAUAUCACAGUUGCCAUCUUUAGUGCAUUAAAGGAGAUCACCCUCUACGAGCCCAACUUCUCCCGGAUUGAGAUGGAGGAUUACAAGGGCCUGGAGAUUGUUCUCAUGCUGGGAGCCAUGGUUAUUCGGGAUGUAUUCUUCACCCCGAUGAAGGAAGCUUUUAAUAUAGUUAAUCCAUCUUCAAAUCCAACAAGCCCAAUUGACAAGCAGUCAAGCACCCUAGUACCUUCAAGACCUUUAAACGGCUCAGCAAACCAUCCUCCAGUUUCUGGUCCUCCACCAAGGUCUCAACCGCCCGCAAAACCACUUCCUCAACAAUCACAGCAACGACCCGCCCAACCUCCUCGUCAGAACAUCCCACCUGCAGACCCCCGCACGCAAUGGGAGCUAGACGCUGAAGCUAAUGCAUUAAAACAGCAAUCUGAAGCAGAGAAACGAGCACGGCUCAAGAGGGAGAAGGAGGCUGAAAAACAAACUAAAAAGCUUCUUGAAGCUGAAGAGAAGGAGGCUAGAAAACGUCAAGCACAAGUUGACAAGGAGACUGAGCGACUGCGGAAAAUCUAUGGCAAGGAAGAAAGUAAGGUGCUGAAACUGCAGCAGAAGCAGCAAGCCAACCCUAGGCCACCACAGCCCCCUCGCCAGACCCAAAAUCACCCAGUACCACCACACCCGCGAGUGCAGUUUGCUCCACCCAGACCACAAUCUGUAGCUGGGGGCCUGAUACCACCACCUCAGCAACAGCAACCACAAUUAAAGGAGAAACGGAGUAUAUUUAGCUUCCGGAAGAAAGAGAGUGGAGCUCCUCCUAAUACCCUUGCGAAGAAACGGAGUUCUAUGUUUUGA